AUGCAGAUGAAGCCUCAGAUUCCGACCAUCGUCCAAAUCUCCAUCCCAUCUACGCUGAAAGAUCCCGCCUCCGCCACCACUCCGAAACCGGCAGCUCCCACCAACUACUCAGCCCGCGCACAGUGGGUACGCGCCGCAGUCCUCGGCGCUAACGACGGUCUCGUCUCCACCGCCUCCCUAAUGAUUGGAGUCAGCGCCCUAAAUGCAACAGCUCAUUUCAUGCUCGCCUCCGGUCUCGCCGGGCUCCUCGCCGGCGCUUUCAGUAUGGCCAUCGGCGAGUUCGUUUCCGUCUGUUCGCAGUACGACAUCGAAGUGGCUGAGCUUAAGCGUAAGAAUCACGGCGAUGUGGACGCGGCAAAGAAGGAAGGUGAAAUGCCGAGCCCGGCGAGAGCCGCGGGGGCGUCGUUUGUGUCGUUUGCGUUGGGGGCAAUGCUUCCGCUGCUGGCCGGUGGAUUCAUUGGGUCGUGGGUGGCGAGGCUUGCGGUGGUGUGGAUGGUGAGCAGUGCGGGGCUGGCGGGGUUCGGGGCCGCCGGAGCUUAUUUUGGUGGCUCUAGCGUGAUGAAGGCGACGAUGAGGGUGGUGGUCGGGGGUUGGUCGGCUAUGUGUAUCACUUUUGGGGUGCUUCGCUUUGUUGCAUUCGCUUUCCAAUUGGAUACUUCCGGUGGCAUUUAG